AUGUUCCCAUUACUUCCUCUGUUGAUUAUUAUGACUUUAUUAAUUAUACUUUCUUAUAUACUGAAAAAACACUGCUUUCAUGUCGAAUGCAAGUCUUUGAGACGAAUUGAUAAUAAAAUCGUUGUUGUUACCGGUGCCAACACAGGAAUAGGCUUAGAAACGGUUAAGGAAUUAGCAAUGAGGGGCGCAACAGUCAUAAUGGCCUGUAGGAAUGAGACCAAAGCAUUGGCCGCCUGUGAUUCAAUACUGAAUGAGCUGGGUGAAAGCUCAUUUGUUCCAAGCUUACCUCACUUAACGCCGAUCAAACGCAAUCAGGUCUGCCUUCUUAUUUCUAAUCAUUCGAAGCUAGUUCCCAUGGUGCUUGAUUUGGCUUCCUUUGAUUCAAUUCGUAGUUUUUGUGAAAAUUUUAUAAGUCAAUAUCCUAAGUUGGAUAUAUUAAUUAACAAUGCUGGUAUUGACAUUCCAUUGGGCGGCUUGAUGGAGAACAAAAUUGAAAUAAAUUUAGGCGUAAAUCACCUGGGACAUUUCUUGCUUACUAAUCUCUUGCUUUCUUCUUUAAAAGCUGCAGAUUCUCCUAGAGUCAUCGUUGUGUCUUCACGCAUGCAUUAUUAUACAAAGAUUAGUGUCGAUGAUCUGACUACUAAGAAAAUUAUCGGCUCGUAUUCCCGUAGUAAACUGGCAAAUGUUAUGUUUGCAAGAGAAUUCGCUGAACGCUUUACCAAAAAUCUUGGUAUUAUUGCUGUUAGUCUUCAUCCAGGCUUGGUUAGGACUGAGAUAUUUCGGCAUCAGUGGUUUUCAUUGGAUUUCCUACCUGAUUUCUUGAUUAAAACUCCAAAUCAGGGUUGUCAGACCACACUUUAUUGUGCUCUUGAAGAUGUUUUUUCUGGUGGUUACUAUUCUGAUUGCUCAUUGCAAGCUCCGAACAAGCAAGUGGAAGACAGUCUUUUAAGAAGUAAAUUGUGGAAGGCCUCAGCUACUCUUUGUAAUUUAAAGGAUGAUUAG